UGUGUUGGGCCCAAAAGCUUCAUUCUUUCUCUCUCUCUCUCUGUCCUCUUCCCAAAUGCAAUAUGUUUAUAAUACCAUCUUUACGCCAUCACCAAAAUCCGGCCAGCAAUCUUGCUCACGGACCAACCCAAAACGACCGUUAGACCGCUCCGCCAGCGACUCACUGAGUGAUAACCGCUAUCAGUUGGUCGACGAGAUAUUGGCCGCAACCUCGUAUUACAGCGUGCUCGGCAUAAGUAGAAAGACCAGUCCUGAAGAUGUUCGAAGAGCCUAUAUCAAGAGGAGUAGAAUUUGCCAUCCUGACAAAUUUGUUCCGCCUUAUGAUAAGGCCACAGAGGCUUUCCAACGGUUGUCAAUAGCUUACGAAACGUUAAGCGAUACCAGUGCUAAACUUAUCUACGAUAUCUCCGGUCCAUCCAAUCGACCCUCUUUUGCUGAUGCUGCCACCGUAGAUGGUAAUGAAACAUUACAAGCUCUUUUAAAGCAACUAUUUGUGGAAAUGAUGGAUGGAGAGUUUAAUACUAUGCGCUCUUUCAUGAUUGGCUUGUCUCGAAGUAAUCCGUCCAUACAAUUCACGGAAGAAACCAUCGUCAGCAUCGAAAUAUCACUACGUAGAGUACGCGACAUGAUCUUAUCCACGAAAAAGUAUUUCAAAGUUGUCCAGUUUGAAUUAAUGCGGCUGUAUGAACUACAACAUGAGCUUCGAGCUCUAUCUUACUUUGACCUUAUGAGACGCAUGCGGGUCACCAUCACCAUGUUCAAAGUUAUCUUGUCGCUUCCCAUCAUGAUCAACCUGGUUAGCAAAGGUCAAAUCGCUGCUCCUGUCUCUACUGGAAAUUGUAAUGAUAUACGAACAGCAUCCGCCCCUCCCUCCACAUCGUCCGAUACAGAAUCGACGACCGAUUCAAAGGAUGGUGGCAUACUCGGUGACCGAGUUGAAUCGGCUCUGAGAGUGGCAGUUGGAUUCCUAGACGUGAUAUCCAGUAACAAUUAGACAAUUGAAGACCCUUUCAGAUAUCCUCACCUAACCAAACCAAAAUUUUCUCAUUCACCGUAAUU